GAAGUGAGCCAGCAAAAACAAAAGCCCUAGUACUUCCUUUUAUUGCUAUUGCAGGCAUUACAUAUUUUCUACAUUUCUCAUCGAAAUAUCCCUUUUCCAUUAAACAGCUCUAACAUCUUUCGUCUUCCCAAUGAGCAGUGAUCACCCAAUGAUCCUUUUUAGUGAGUGAAUGCUUGAGAUUCAUAAUGGGUUUAAGCUCUUCUCUGGGUUUAUAUCAUACCAGUCAGUUAGUUUGAGCUGCGGAUCAUUUUGUCAUGGUACCAUACUUGUAUUUCUCGUUAUCGUCAUGAAGAUUUUGAGUUUUCAAUGAAAAACCCACCUUUGAGCCUGAGGUGUCCAAUAGAAAAUCCAGUCAUUUUCAAGUAGAGAAAUUUGGGUAUUUAAUUAAAGCUAGUUAUGUCGUGGGUUUACAAUCUUACAGAUGACCCUUUUUUCAUCGGCAAAUCGUCUCUCAAGGGUUCGAGCAGCCUCCAAGGCCUUCAUUCCGCGGUGUCGCAUCCAAUUUCACGGCUUGUCUCAUCCGCAAGGUGAUAAAGGGGCAAAGGCAAUCCAAAAGCAAGAGUCUUGGUUUGUUAAGGUUGUAUGCACUCUCUUUGUUUACUCACAACCGUUGGAUGAUUCCUGCUGGGGUUACUUGAGCAAGAAUUUGACGCCUUCGACUGAAUUCAAAGUUGUUAAGUGGUUAAAAAAUCCAGCUUUCGGAUUGAAGUUUUUCGAGUUAAGUAGGGAGAAUCUUGAUAUUACUCAUUCUUUUUGGACUUAUAACUUGCUUAUUAGGUCAUUAUGCCAUAUGAUUUUACAUGGUUCUGCUAAGUUAGUUUUUGAUUAUAUGAAGAUUGAUGGGCAUUUGCCUGAUACUACUUUGCUAGGGUUUAUGAUUUCAGCUUUUGGGAGGGCUGGUGAGUUUGAUAUGUCAAGGAAAUUGCUUGCUGAGGUUCAGUCUGAUGAUGUAAUUGUCACCGUUUACGCAAUGAACAACCUGUUGAAUAUGAUGGUUAAGCAAAAUAAACUAGAAGAGGCAGCUAGGUUAUAUAAAGAGAAUGUAGAAUCAAACUUCAACCCGGAUACUUGGACGUUCAAUAUUCUAAUUCGAGGCCUUUGCAGAGUUGGGAAAGUGAAUCAGGCUUUUGAGUUUUUUAAUGAUAUGAAGAGCUUUGGUAUUUUUCCUGAUAUUGUUUCAUAUAACACCAUUAUAAAUGGGUUAUGUAGGGCAAAUGAGAUAGACAGAGGCCGUAGUUUAUUGAAUGAAAUUCGUUUGAGAGAUGAUUGUUCCCCGAAUGUUGUGACUUACACAUCGGUCAUAUCUGGUUAUUGCAAGUUGGGCAAGAUGAAGGAGGCAUCUGCUCUUUUCAGUGAGAUGAUAAAUUCCGGAACUGUGCCUAGUGUUGUUACUUUUAAUGUUUUAAUUGAUGGCUUUGGAAGAGUUGGUGAUAUGCUUUCCGCUAAAUCAAUGUAUGAGAAGAUGGCUUCUUUUGGUUGUAGUGUUGAUGUUGUUACAUUCACUUCCUUGAUUAACGGGUAUUGUCUGAUCGGAGAUGUAAAUCAGAGUUUGCAGCUUUGGAAUGCAAUGAAAGUGAGGAAUAUAUCUCCAAAUGUUUAUACCUUUGCGAUUACUAUUAAUGCUCUAUGCAAGCAAAAUAGAAUACACGAGGCUCGUGGACUUUUGAGGGAGUUGCAAUGUAGGAAUAUUGUUCCGAAACCAUUUAUCUUCAACCCUGUGAUUGAUGGGUUCUGCAAGGCCGGGAAUUUGGAUGAGGCCAACCGGAUAGUAGCAGAUAUGGAGAAGAAAUGUGAACCUGAUAAAGUGACAUUUACUAUUCUCAUUAUUGGUCAUUGUAUGAAAGGAAGAAUGCUUGAUGCAAUUAGCAUUUUCGAUAAAAUGUUAUCAUUUGGUUGUGCCCCAGAUGGUGUUACUGUACAUUCUUUGAUAUCUUGCCUUUUUAAAGCUGGGAUGCCUAAUGAAGCCUUCCGUAUUUCUACAAUAGCAUCAUGGGACAUGAAGUUGACUGGUUCAACUUCCAUGGAUAACAAUGCUCAUUUGAGGAUAAAUAGAGAUGUGUCUGUUGCUGCUUAAGAUAAAAGCUUCCCUGAUCAUCGAACUUGGUUUCAUCACCGAAUAUCAAGUAUUCAAUCAAGCAUCUCGAGUCUGAAGCACAAUCCAAGUUGCAUUCGGUAAGUGAAGUCCUUGUGUUCUUCAGAUCAUAAACUGCAAUUAUGCCUAUUAUUACCAAUCAACUGUUUAAGCUGGAUC